CCAUCACACAAACACACCCACGCACACACACACACACACACACACACACACACACACAUGCUCACAUGCUGUGUUCCACAUUAGAGACGACUGAAGGGAUCAUGUCAGGGUGAAGCAGCCAACAUGUAAGACAUCAUUGAGGAGCAGAGCUCGACGGAUGGUGGUUCUUGACAGGUGCGGCAGGCUGCAGCAGCACACACCGCCUCCUCACCAUCUUCUCUGCAUCUGCGUGGAUCUUCUGCGUGGACUAACGGUUGUUUUGAUAUGUCACACUGAAUGGAGGGCUCUGAAGUUCCAUGAAGAUGACCCGAACACAUCCUCCUGAUCUUCUGGCAACAACUCUUCACCGGGACAUUCCUCUUUAUCCGACCACCAAACACAUAGUUUCUCCUCACUGUUCUUUGCAAUGUGACUUGAAGAUGAUUGAUAAACCAGAAAUCAUUAACAAAAGACACUGCCGCAGUUUUGACUUUCUUGAAUCUCUGGACGAGCCCCAGUCAGUCUCUUCACCGAUGGAGUAUCCUUUUAAGCGAGCAGAACAGCAGACAUUAAACAAAGACCUAACAUGGAACGGACUAGAUCAACCAGGACAUCUUCGCUUCUCAUCUCCAGAUCUGUUUAACUCCAGGCACAUUCAGCAACAUGUCACCCAAGACAAAAGCAGCCAUCUCACAUGGUCAGAUUCUGUAAAUAGAAAAAGAUCUAGAAGCGCACCUAGAACCAAGUCCACCCUGACUCCUGUGCCCAUCUCAGUGUCUCCUCUGGAGACCAGCAAGGACAAGGACGCCCCACAGGCAACAUCAGAUACUUUGAGGGCCUCUGAAGGUUAUUCCUCCAACAGGGCUUUUUUGAACGAGGUCCAUCCAAUCAAACUGCAACCCCCUCUCUACGUUUCUGAUUGUUUUGACGAGGAUAAAUCAGACAAAACAGCCAUAACCCCUCAUGUUAGAUGCCGUGUUGACAUUAAACCAGAUGCUGCCGUACUUCAACACACAUCCAGACAGAUUCCCAACGCACGGCCUGAACGUCACGCUUGGCAAAGAUAUUCCCAGGCCAGUAGCAGCCGGGGUUUGUAUGUUCCUCGGCAGAUGAUCUCCUCACCCACACCGACUCCAAGUGAAUGCUACAGUGGAGAUUUUAGACAGGGAUAUCACUACACCACCAGCAUAUCUCCUCUGUCUUACCAGCAUCUCGACAUGUACAGAAUGCCCUCACCGAUAACACCAUAUCUAAAUCAGGAACAAAGAGCUUACUCCAACCCAAACAUCCCUACAAAUUUUUUUUAUACAGAGGACCCUGUUCGAUAUCCAGUACCUCCCUUUUCUAGAGCUUACUUUCAGGAUGAUAGAUCCAGUUUAGCCAGCCGUGGUAGUACUAUGACGAGUCAGUACGAUCCAAGGAAUCGGUGGGUGCAUACCCUUCCUCUCAGGUCAUAUUACACAGACCAUUUUUCUAAUCAAGAGCCAGCACACUCUGUAUAUAGCACACCCUACUCGACAAGUGAGGCAGGGUCAUACUUCUCUCAAACCCCCACCAGCUCUUACUACGGCGAUGAAAACCGCUUCAAUCCAUACCACCAAAGUUGUACCAGUUUGUAUUAUAACAAACCGUUUAAUUCUUUCGAGGAGCGGUACUUUCCAUCGAGGCAAUACCACACGGAAGGCCGCAGACGGCCCCGAAUGUCGCAGGCUUUUUCAGAUGACUGGUAUCGCUCAAGUAUAUCUGGUUAUUCCAACCAGUCUUCUCAGCUCACACCACCAAGAGUAAGAACAGAGCCCGGUAUACCCCCAUGGUAUAGUACUUAUGGCACAGAGACAAGUAGAUUAGGGGCAGAGUCCAAAAGCCACUCCAAGUCGUGGGAUAAUAUUCUCUAUCCCCACCAUGAGAGAGAACAAUCAGUGCCUCGUGGACGUAGCUAUGAGAAUCUGUUUCACCAAGCAAGGCACAGGGCUUCUCCCAGUGUCACAUCUCAACCGGUUAUCCUUAACCUAUCCAGUUCACCAAAGCGCUACGCUGCCUUGUCUCUCUCUGAGACCUCUUUAGAGAGAGGCCCGAGCAAUCCGUGGAAGAAUUCCAAGAGCGGCCAGUGGUUUGUGACCCCUGAGAUCACCAUAACUGACAACGACAUAUGCACAGGCAACAGUGAGCGGCUUGGCGUGCACCCUGUCAAAUGGAAUACUAUGGAAAGUGAAAAGAAAGCCGCUCCAAGAGUGAUGGAUGUCAAGAAGUCGUUCAACGCAGAAAUGACCAAAGACCGGAAACGCAACAUCUCCCUUCAACAGAGUUUAGAGCAGCUUGACGAGUUGUUAGCUGACUUGGUUGUUGAUUACAAACCACCAACCAGCAGGAAGUCUAGCGGGGACUUUUUGGAUCAGCUUAAACAACUGAUUACUGAAGAUCAUGUCAAAGUCAGGGAAUCUUCUGAGAUUGAAAAUGUUGAAUGUCUGAAUACUCAACUCCUGUCUUCUAAAUCCAGUCCCGACACAAUCAAAGACCCUGAUAGUGGAUGUGAUGCUUUACAAAGAAGCGCAGAAGAAUGUUCUCCAGACCACAGCGUGGAGGAAGAUGAAACCAUGGUGUGUGCUAACAACAAAUGCAAACAUUCGGAGAAUAUGUUCAAUGCAUGCUUGUACUACAAAUCGUGUCACAGUUGCUACACAUUUUACUGCUCGCGAAACUGCCGCAGGGACGACUGGGAGACCCACAAAGAAAACUGUCUGUAUGGACGUGUGAGUAGUGUGUGUCGGCACACGCUCAAGUUCUGCAGAGAAAAUGCAGAGAUUCAUAAAGCCUUCUCUCGUAUUGCUAAAGCUGGUUACCUCUCCAGAGGCCGAGGUGUCCUCUUUUUGGGUUUUGCCAAUCCAGAGACAGCUGAUAACUUUCUGCAGGUUGGGCUUGAGAGCCUUGUCAUGUCACCCACAUACCUAUCCCUCAGAGAGCUGGACGGCUUUAAGGACAACCUGGGUGAAUACUGCAAAGAUUUGCAGCAAGCUGGUAAUGAAUAUGACCCCAGUGAAUGUUUCCUCUUGAAUGUAUCCGUAGCUGUCGGUGAACUCGUGCCUAAUAGACCGUCUCCAAGGGUCCAAACACCAACAGUUCGAAAAUACGCAAAAGUAUCCUUGGCUUCGUCAAGCCCAAACAAAAAGCUUGUGAAGAAGGAUAGUGAAAUGGAAACUCUCAUACUGACUCCACCCCCUGGAACACCGGAUAUUGAUCAGGAGGGAGAGGAGGGAAGAAAAGCCAGAGAGGUGUGCUUUGUAAACAUUCAGCGUGAGCUGAGGAUCAGGGGAGUAUUCCUUCGUCAUGAGUACCCCAAAAUCUAUAAUCAGCUGUGUGAGUUUGUGGAGACCAACAAAAGGUUCACUCCAACAACUAUUUACCCAAUAGAUAAGAGAACAGGGAAACAAUUCAUGUGCAUGAUUAUGGCCGCAUCCGAGCCCAGAACAUUAGACUGGGUGGGCACCCCCAAUCUGUUGGAUGAUAUCAUUUAGGGCGGCAAUGAAUAGGAAUUACACUAAAUGUACAUAUUGUAAAUACAUAUGAUUUGGAAAAUUGAAGACUGACAAAAUAUUUGCAUUUGGCCACUUCCCCUCUCUGCCUCUUUGACCUUUUGCACACUUAUUGACCUAUUACGCACACAAGCACCCACACAUGCUGACUGUUUUGAUUCUCUUGCAUUCAGAGAUGUUAAAGAUUGCAUGUAAACCGGGCACAGCACAACAACUUUGGUGUUUAAGAUGUGAAUGUGUAUAAUUUAUCAUAACUCAAUUCCUGCUCAACAAUGUAUAAAGCACAUUUGCAGGAUAUGCACAUCUUGUGUCCACGUAAUAGACACAAACAUGUAUAAUUUAAUAUAAAUCCCACUGAAUUCUUGUCUCAAAACUGAAAUGUGUAUUAUACCCUGCAACUGUUGACUAUUGGGAGUUUAUUCAUUUAUCUAGUGAACUGUAUAUCUGUGGCUGUUUUUAGUUCCUGUUUGAUAGAAAAUGAAGUACAGUCGAGACAGCCUUUUAGUUUCCCACCUCAGUGAGAAUUUUACAUGAAACUUUGUGUCAUGCUUGAGUAACUUGCGUUGUUUGAAAGUGGCCUUCAUUUAGGAAUAUGUAUAUGAAAUAAAGUUAUGUAUAGUUGGAAGUCUUCAAGGGUUGUUUAAACAACCCUUUAAAAUGAUGAAUUUAUUUUGCUCAAGGCAUGAUAUUUUUAUUCAGAUAUUUUAUUAAUAAUGUUGCUUAAAAUACAAUUUUAAAGAAAUAUUUAUGAGCUCGCAGUUGGUGCUCAUAAAUAAGAGUCUACGUUAUGUUAUUGAUUAUAUGAUCACUUGAAUCAUACAAACUAAUACUACGGUAUGUUUUAGGCAAUAUGCAAUAAAAGAGCAACAACGAAAUACAUAGAAAAAUAAUUGUAUUGUUGAUAGGGACUCGUUCCUUUGAACCAUGUGUUGUAAAGACUUGUUUUCAUUCAAAUAUAAAUGAUGAGAAUGUUCCCAAAAUAUCUGCAGCACAGAAUCUAGAUAUGCCUGCUUCCAUUGUCACUGCUAACUAAGCUAAAAUUGCUCUUUUACUGGAUUAUAUCUUUGUGCAAGACCUUAGAAAUUUAUAUUUUGUGAUGUUUAUAACACAUAUAGAGCUAUAUAAUAAAUGGAAUUGAACGAGUGGC